AUGGCUUGCCCCGACAAGGCUAAAUGGCUUCAGGCUACACACAAGGAAUUAAAAAAUCAUACAGACAAUGGAACAUGGCGCAUCAUCGACCGCGAACGCAACAGAAAGCCCCUCACCUUACGCUGGGUCUUCCGCAUCAAGGAUGACGGCACAUACAAGGCUAGGUUGGUGGUUCGUGGCUUCCAACAAGUUCCAGGCCGGGAUUUCCUCGAUGUCUACGCCGUCACUGCCCGUCCUAUGAGCUUCAAGGUCUUCAUGGCUUUGUAUGCAGCUUAUUCAUGGGAUUGCCAUCAUGUUGAUAUCGUGGCUGCAUUUCUCAAUGCAGACCUGAAGGAGUCUAUUCAAAUUGAACUUCCUGAGAUUGUGAAGGACGACCACCCAGGCAAAGUUGGUCUUCUUAUGCGUAGCCUUUACGGCCUGCGCCAGGCUCCUCUUGAGUGGUAUAACACCCUCAAAGGCGUUCUUCUAUCUCUUGGCUUCACGCGCACCCAUGCUGACUAUUCUGUUUUCACCCAUACGGGCAAACGCAUACAUAUCCUCGUCCAUGUGGACGAUAUGCUUCUUCUGUCCCCAAAGGGGACUGGUUCCAUUGAGCUACUCAAGGUUGUCCUUUCGAAGCACUUCCAGCUCACGGACAAUGGUAUUGUGAAACGUUUCCUGGCAAUAGAUAUCGUGCACCUCGCCGGCGACGUCUAUCUCUCGCAGGAAGCCUACAUCGACAAGAUUCUGUCUCGCUUCACCUUUUCUUCUGUCAAACCUAUUCAGACGCCUUUCAACGAUAAAGAGGUUCUUUCCCCUUACGAUUCCGGUGCUCAGGCUACCCCACAGAUGGUACAGCUUUACCAGGAGCAAGUCGGCUCGCUCGUGUGGGUGGUGGUGUCCACUAGGCCUGACGUCUCUUGGGCAGUCUGUAAGCUUACGAAAUAUUCACAUAAUCCGUCUUCUCUGCACUUCCAGGCUGUCAAACGAGUCUACCGUUAUCUGAAAGGCACCAAAAGUCUAUGCCUUCAUUUUUCCCACCAUCCUGCGGUUGGUCUAGCCUUAUUCGCCUACGUGGAUGCCUCAUGGGCAAGCCCGCACGACGAUAAUCGGCUCUCGACCACCGGCUACGUCUUCAUACUAGCCGGCGCCGCAAUCAUCUGGCAAUCAAAGAGGCAAACCCUUAUCACCCUCUCUUCCACGGAGGCUGAAUACGUUGCGGCAUGCCUUUGUUACCAAGAUCUAUCCUGGAUUCAGCUCAUGCUUACCGAACUGGGCCAUCAAGCCCUCGUUCCAAGGCCGACUGUCAUUUAUAAGGAUAAUCAGGGCACCAUUGCCCUCGUAUCUUCGGACAAAUUCACCACCCGCUCCAAGCACAUCGAUGUCAAAUAUCAUUAUGUGCGGGAGAAGGCUGCAUCCAAUGAUUGCCUCUUUCAGUACGUCCCCACCGCAGAGCAGGCUGCUGAUAGCCUCACCAAACCACUUCCAAUGACCCUUUUUCAGCGGUUUACGGAUUCUAUCUGGUAUCCCCAGUCUGAGGCUUGCUUGACUAUCAAUGUCAUCCGCAGCUCGUCUGUCUCCAAGAAAUCAAAGCUCCCAGUGGGAGUUUGGAUCCAUGGAGGUGGUUUCUACGAAGGCUCAGGAUCGGACGAGCGAUAUAACAUGUCGGCGAUAGUGGAGAAUGCCGAGAAAAUUGGUAAACCCUUUAUCGCCGUCAGUCUCAACUAUAGACUCUCAGCCUGGGGCUUCAUUAGUUCGAGCCAGGUCUGGGGUAGUGGAAACACGAACCUUGGACUGAGAGAUCAGAGACUGGCCCUUGAAUGGGUGCAGGAGAAUAUCGCUGCUUUUGGUGGUGAUCCUACUAAGGUUACCAUCUGGGGUGAAUCUGCCGGAGCCAUGUCAGUUGGCUAUCAUCUGACAGCAUAUGGAGGCCGAGAUGACAAGCUAUUCCGAGGGGCAAUCAUGGAAUCGGGCGGGUCUAUCGCUGCUAUUCCCUCCAACUAUACUACGUUCCAGGCCACCUACGAUGAAUUGGUAUCAAAAGUGGAUUGUGCUGACGAAGUGGAUACACUGCAAUGUCUGCGUGAAGUUCCUUUCGAGACUCUUAAUUCGGUUUUAAAUGGCACCGAUGGCUCCUCCGACUAUAACUUCAUGCCGGUGGUAGAUGGGGACUUUAUUCGGAAUUGGGGCAGUAUCCAACUGAACAGGCACGAGUUCGUCAAGGUUCCUAUUCUCGCUGGCACGAACACAGAUGAAGGCACUGCCUUUGGACCAACCGGAAUUAAUACUACGGAGCAGUGGUAUGAAUACUUGACUGGUAAGGAGUAUUUCCUAGAUGGUGGAUUCGACUUCCAGACACCCCCAUCUGUUGCAAAGGAGAUCCUCAAAUUAUAUCCCGACGAUCCGGCUCUGGGGAUCCCAGAAUUCCUCGGCGACGAGCGUAUCCCAUCACAGGGCUACGAAUGGCGACGGACAUCCGCGUUCGCAGGAGACUUUACCAUGCACGCGAACCGCCGACGCCAGUGUGAAGCCUGGUCGGAAACAUCUACACCGGCAUACUGCUACAGAUUCAAUGUACACGCAGCCGACGUGCCACUCCUCGUGGGAGCAACCCACUUUGAGGAAGUUUCCUUUGUAUUUCACAAUAUUGCUGGGCAAGGUUAUCACUACGGGAAACCCUUCGCCGGCGUGACGCAGUCAUACAUUGAUAUCAGCACUAUGAUGACCAGCAUGUGGGCAUCCUUCAUCCACGACCUUGACCCGAACACGGGGGUGGUGAAUAAGUCGGUGCACUGGGAGGCAUACGGAACGAAUAUGCCCGUCGACCUGUUCUUGGAUGCCAAUACGACUAGCCACAUGGAGGCGGAUACCUGGCGCAAAGAAGGCAUUGAUUACAUCAUGAAUAACGCAAAGGCCUUCUGGAGAUAA